AGCUAGAAUUCACUCUGAGGACGUCUACGAUGGCCCCGCGGCAGCACGUCCGGUGGGCGAAGACCCGGCAAUCUUACCGCCGGCUCUGGAUUCUCCUCUGCAUAGCCUCGCCGCUCCUGGCGCUCGUUGGGCUCCACGCCGCCGCCGCCGCCGCCCUCCGCCGGGUCAACGCCCUCGGGAGGAGGUGCGCGCUGGAGGCCGUGGAGUAUUCGGGCGAGGCGGCGGCAGGGAUUCGGCCGAGGAUAGCGAUUGUGAGCUUCUCGGAGGAAGAGCGAGUGGCGGCAGGCGGCGGUGUCGGGCGGCGGUCGUUCCGGGGUGUGAUGGAGGCGGUGCGGGGGAAUAAGCGGGCGUACGCAGAGAGGAUGGGGUACGACUUCUUCGACGCACGGCGUCUGGUCGAUCCCAGCCGUCCGCCGAGCUGGAGCAAGAUCCUGGCCGUCCGAUCGCUGCUCCCCUACUAUGAUUGGGUCUUCUGGAAUGACGCCGACACGAUCAUAACAAAUCCGGAUAUAUCGUUGGAGAAUAUUCUGAAUGCAGCAAUUGGACAUAGUGAUUUCCAGGCCUCCCCUGAUUUGGUAGUGACCGAGGAUUUCAAUGGAGUGAAUGCAGGAGUCUUCUUUUUCCGGCGAUCAAAGUGGAGCGAGAAGUUUUUGGACACGUGGUGGAAUCAGACGUCAUUCGUGCGUUUUGGGUCCACGAUAAGCGGUGACAACACUGCAUUGAAGCACCUCAUUAGCAGCCUUCCUCCCAAAGAGCUCAAAAAUCACGUCCGCACAUCACCAAUGCAGUGCCUCUUCAACUCCUAUCCUUGGUUGCCCACGUGGAAGAAUGCCUACCGUCUGCUGUCCUCACCUCUGAAGACGUGGAAAGGAGCAUAUUCGAACGGGGACUUUAUGGUGCACCUUGCUGGCUUGGAUGAGAAGAAGAAAUGGGCUGACAGGAUACUAGAUGAAUUAAGAGCUGAAAGGUGACUAACAUAGACAAAAGCACAGAAAACUUGCAAGUCAAAGUUUCUCAGUUGAGUCUGUUCAUGAAUUGUAAAUUAUUUAUUUCUUGUACAAAUAAAAAUUAAAAUAUAAUUAUAGAAAAAAAAAAUGGUUCAAU